CAUGUUGUCUCGCAUUUCACGCCAAAUUACAAGAAGUUAUGCUUCUUUGAGAAACAACCCUAUUGUUCCUUUAGAAAAGAGCAUUAUUGGCUCAAGAGCAGUUCAACAUAGAUUCUUAAAUGCUCAAGUGAAGCCUGUCGACUUUGAGAGCAAAUAUGCUGACAAAAUUAAAGACAUUGCUAAAAAACAAGGUUUGACAGUAGAAGAAUUAAAGCAAAAGAUCAAGGAUGAUGCACUUCAGAAACUCAAAGCAGCUCAACCUAAACCUGUUCAACCCAAAGAAACAGCUAAAAAGGCAUCUGCUUCCACUAUUGCUGCUAAAUCACAAUUACCCUAUGACUCUUCUGCUCCUACUUUGGACAAGUUUGUCAAACUCGAAUUACUUGAGCAAGAAACACCCGAGAAUAUCGAAAAGAUCUGGAAUGCAGGUCAUGCCAACAAGGACUGUAUCACAGCUGCAAUUCCAAGUGAUGUCUACAAUAAGCUGUAUGAACGUGGUCAAAAGUAUCCUAUGUUUGUUGUGCCUAUGCCUCGAGAAGAAGGCGUCGAAUUCUUUUUCCUUCAAUUUAACUUCAAUCAAUGCAACUUUACCUCACUUUUAGAAUACAAGACAAAAGGAACAGAAGCAAGACCCUUCUUGACCCUGACUCAUUUUACUGAACUUCAGUCAUCCAAGGGUAUUGUGUUGAUGAAGGGUGACAUUAACGAUGAUCCUCGUAUGAUCACAACAGCCAAUGCUCAAUUCUUAGCAUUUGCUCUUCAACAAUUCUAUGUGACUGGUGGUCCAGAUAAACUCAAGUUGGUUGAAAAGUUCCAUACUUCACCAGGUGAAUUUGACUUUAAUGAAUUGAUUAAAGCAGUUGAGACAGUUGUUUAAAAUAAAAUUUUCUUUUUUUGUUAUUCUUAUUAUUAUUA